GGGACAAGGGACAGAGUCGAUCUACUACCGAAUACCGAUUGCGGCCAAAGAGAUAUCAGCGUGAGAAGGGCUGGGGCGAGGCUCUGCGACAAGAGACAACGCCGAUCUACAGAAGACACUACCGGUGGCGGUCGAAUCAUCCCAGAUUUGACGAACGGGAAUAUGGGGAUUCGCGGAGAGCAUCUGUGCGUGGCCGCUGGGGUUUUAAGGCAUCGCCAGCUAUCCUUGAACGAGAAUCAUUCCGUUCACGUUUCAGUGGCUCCCGCGGAAGGCCUGAUACCUGGAGGUCGAGCGGAUGGAUUCCAACUGAUGGACACAGGCAGAGCCAUAGGCCUUUCUCCUCCGGCUACCGGCACAAAGGCCAGAGAAAGUACCGCUCCAAUCAGCAGCAGCAGGGGACUAGACAGUUUGAGGUUACAUUUGAAAGCAAAAUUUUUCGAUUUACUGUCUUUGAUUGUAACGUGCUGCAAAUUUUUGAAAGAAAGAAUGGAAUUACAUCUUCUAUUGACCGUGAGAUUACACAAUCCAUUUCAGGUCUCUUAUUACAAGCUGAUAUUGAUAAAUUAGCCUCAUUAGAUUAUGCAUUGGAUUUGGUUUCUGUUGAGGAUCAAAGCUCCAUGCUAAAUCAUGAAUCCGACCUUAAAGAAUUUUUUCAGUCAGCCUUGACAAAUGGGGUGAACUCACUUUCUCGCUAUCUACUUCACGAAUUUGAGAGACUCCUUGUCUCUACUUUGGGUAUUCAUCCUCUAAGAAUGGAGGAUCCAUCGGUGAUAGCUAAUCAGGAAAAGAUUGAGGUUUUGAAUCCAGGCGACUGGGAUAUUAGGUGUGGGCUUUAUGGAUGGGAUAAUAUUGAAUGCAAUCCUUCAGAAACUUUUGACUGUGAAGGGCUUUAUGGAGAUCAUCACCCCACCUUUUCAGGGGAUGAAUUUCUUGGUCACGUCUCAGAGAACGAGAAGAGGGUUCCUAUUUCGACGGUGGAAGACCUUUGGGAUUCUGAUGCGAAUGAGACUAUUUUCCAAAAAGCUCUUCUAGUCACACGAGACAACUGCUUACCUACAGAAAAUCAGAACACUCAGAAACAGAUGUAUAAAAAGAAUCAACGAUCGCAUCUUAUGAAGACUAGAUCUCAAUCUCGAAUAGAGCUUUGAAGUGUUGUUCGGGACUCGUUCAAUUAGGGAGGGAGAGUUCUCUUAUUUUUACUUUGGGUUGGGCAUCUUUUAUUUUAGUUCUAUUUUUGUUGUUUCUACUUGCAUUUUCUUCGUUAUCUUGUUAUACUUUUAUUUGUUUCUUCAAUAAAAUUUUCCUUUUCUGUUAAGUUUAAAAAAAAAAGAUAUUAUUAGUGUCAAUUUUGUCUUAUAAUUAAAGUUGCCUUCAAUAAGAGCAUAAACGUUGUAAAUCCAAAAUUAUGAGUACAAUAUUCUUUUCUCCGUGCUUGGAAAA